AUGACUCGAAGAUCCUCACGACAGUGUCCCAAUCCCGCACAAAAGCCGCCCUUGGAGACGAAAACGGUGGUCACGCGUUCUAGGGGAAAGCCGGCCGGGACUCAGCAAACCAUCGAUUCUGUGCCUGUUGAUCUCAAGCCAAGCAUCAUCGCCAAUUGGAAUUUACCGUUGAAGAAAAUAACCACAUGUGUUCGACCUGAACUUUGGCCCCUCAACGAGCCGGAUCCUGAGAAAUGGCCUACAGACAUAGUGCAUCUCCUUCACGAAGCAUCCCAGAGUUCAAGAGGAGACAACAAGUUAUUCCAAUUGGAGCUGAGCAUGGAAAUACAAUUGCGGCAGUCAAGAACCAAAAGCACCAAGGGCAAGACAGAACACAUGACUGCAGCCGACUUGAAGAAAGUGUGUAAGCGACUAGAGAGCAGGCCCGAAGGAAAAGAAGUAAAAGAUAAAGAGACGGAAAAAGCGGUUGAAUCAAAACCGAUGCGGCGUACAAGAGCAAGCGCAAAGACAGAUGAUGAUGCUCACAUUGGGGAUCCUCAGAAGGCAGGACAGGCGAGAAAGCCGCAGGAUCAGAAAGUCGCUGGACCACAUGGCGGAGGGAGAGCGAAAAGAAAGGAGCCCGAGGAGCAGAACAAGAUUAAACCAGGAACAAAACGUCAAGCAUCCGACCUCCCCCUAAGGCCAGCCCGCAAGCUACGCAACGGCAAAUCACCUAAGCCCGAACCUAAGCCCACCGCACCACCACCCAUCACGCCGGCGAACCCCCCGGAAGAGUCCUCGGGCUCGGAAGACCAAGAAAAUGCGCCUCAAGAACCCGUCAGCGGUCGACACAUCUACGGCGCCCUAAUAAAACCGACCACCUUGACUUUCAACCCGGAUAACGAGCCCGCCGCACGCGCCCUCCCACGCCAAACCCGCAAGCGAGGGCGCGCUGACCAGGACCCCGCACCGACGCAAGUGCAGAUCGAUUCAGACCCGCGCGACAUCGACGCCACGGGGUUUCUGUCCGAGCUAGAUCCGAAAGAGAUGAGGAGGAGAAGGAAACCGAGACUUUCUCGCCUGCAGCAGGAGCGUGUCGAGGAGCCGCCGUGGAGUCAGGAGUUCCCGGUGGCGCUAGGGACGCCGAUGUUGACGCCUGCAAUUGAUGGACCGGGGGAUGGGAUCGUUGUGGUGUCUAGCCCUGCGCGGCCGGUGGGUGGUGAGAAUGGCCGCGAUGAGGAUGCGGCGAUCGAACUGCUGCUGCUGGAUUUACUACCCGCGAUCCCGGACACAUCGACACCAGAUGAGCGGAGCAUGUUGGAAAAUCGGAUCUCGCUGAUUCAGCGCGAUAUCGGUGCGUACAGAACCGCGGUUUCGGAUAUCGAGGCACGGGUGCAUCUGUAG